ACAUCACGCCGCGCUCUUAAAUCGAGCGUCCGGGUUGAGGCACGGCGGGCGGAACCCAAACACACAGUCCUGUGUUUCUGGAGGAACAUCGAAGUAAGCAAACUUCCAGCUGAGAGGCGGACAUGGUCUCCACGAUCCAGAACACCGACGUGAAGCAGAAGGAUGCUGAUCGUGCAGUGGUUGUCGCAGUAACGUCUCGUGCAGUGUUUGAGUCUGCUGCUGAUGACGGAGGUGACGUGUACGGCGUGGGCGUGGCUUUCCCACUGCUGCAGGCACUGCACAAAGUGAAUGAACGUCUGCUGGAAGAAAGUUCUGCUGAGUCGCUGCUGUUUGAUGUCAUCCUGAUCACCACUGACGACCAACAGCAGCAGCAGAGCUCCCGAAUCACCAGCAGCACCAGACAUUACGGUCUCGAAGUCAGCAGGUUUUGUUUUUCCAGCCAGGAAGAUUUCACGGAGAGUUUACUGAAAAAUAACGUGCAGCUAUUCCUGACAAUAGACAGAGAUGAGGUGCUACGGGCAUCACAAAAUGGUGUUCUCUCAGCACUGCUGGAUCAGCAGUUAGCUUCAUGUCCAUCAGAGCAGCUCAGAGUAAUGAUCAGUGGAGACGCCGUCAUCAAGCCUGACACUGACCCAAUGCCGCCGGGACAAAAGGGCGCUCAGAGUUUCUCCACUCAACUCGGCCAGAUGCGGCAGAAGUUCGGCAUCUUCAACAGCCCUCUCAGUAUCGUCCUGGUGACGUUGCAUGGCGGCAGGGAGAGUUGUGGUGACGCCUUGCGGACGCUGCGUUCCCGUGGAGUGAGCGUGGAUGAGGCGCACUGUCUGGCUGGGGCCCCGCGGGGCCCCAUCCUGUCAGUGCUCCGACCUCACUUCCUGCUCAGUGACGGGGUCAGCUACCUGCAGGAGUGAUGACAUUGUAACGGGGGGGUGAUGUUACGUGACUUCAUAAAAAAAACUUCACUGUGUCUUUGAAACAAGCUGCCAGAUCCUCAGACUGAACUCAGACCUGUUCAGCUCAUUGAGCCUUAAGGAGCCAGUCAGUGUUCAUGAUUUAAAAUUUGUGAAGCCCCGUCCACCACCACAUUUUAAACCACCGGAUUGGACGCUGUUACAAAUAAGUGUUGCCAUAUUUUGUGUUGACAAUCAUGUUUUAUUUUCCCAAACAAAUCUUAAUUUUUUUUUUUAAAUUGUAUUGUAAAUCAAUUUGAGAGCUUAACAUUUUUGUACUUAGCUCAGUUACAGUCCAGCAGAGGGCAGUCUAACUCUGUUACUUCAGAAAUCUAAUCAUGUUUGCCUCCAUAACGUAACUGUUACGUUUUAUUUACUUUCAGCUCUUUGUUUGAUUAUUGUCUGUAUUCACAAGCACUAUAAGCAUUUUUGCUUCCAAAACAAAUGCCUGCACUAGCCAGAUUAAGAGUCUUACCACACAAAGAGAUGGUGGUAAUGCCACUUUGCCCAUAGGGGGCAGCCGGAUUCAACACAAAAUAAAAAUUUAUUGUAGCAGCUUUAAGUCUGUCCAUCAUCUGCUGCUCCAGAAUAAGGUUAAACUGUCUCUGUUAGGGUUUUAACACGUCAUGUGCGCUGGAUGUGUUCCCGUCUUGUGUAAGUCUUGAUUCAAAUGUAAAAUGGUGGCGUUUCAGCCCUUUCAAGCACUAUAUGUUCUUAAGAUAUAAUGGAGCCCCUAAAGUCUAUAAAGGUAGUGUUUUUGCUCACAAGAUUUUAAAAAAGAAUCUCAUCCCAGUCCCAGUACCUUACCUUUCAUGUGUUUGUAUAAAUUUUGAAGACUUUCAUGUGUAGAAUACUAGAAAAAGAAAAAGGUGACUAUAUU